UAUGAGUUCCCAUCACGUGAAGAUACCAGCCCUCAAACCCUGCGAUACAUCGACGUUGAAAUACUCUACGGGUAUACUAAAUGCAUGGAUCUAUUGGACAUUAUAUUCCUGGUGUUACGCAAAGAGGGGUCUCACCUGACAUUCCUGCACCUCUACCACCACUUCAUGUUAUCGGUAUUUUGCUGGAUAUUGGCUAAACUCAUGCCAACCUAUCAACCCAUUAUCCUCCUUGUCGUACUCAACACACCCGUCCACACAAUGAUGUACUCGUAUUACGCGUUGUCGGCGUUGGGACCGACUGUCCACCGGUUCUUGUGGUGGAAACGGUAUAUAACUGUCGCACAGAUCCUUAAGUUUCUGACACUCGUGACGUACGGUAUAUUCAGUGCAAUCUUGGGCACCGGCUUUCCAACUGUCGGUUGGCAAUAUUGGUUCGGUUGGGUUCAGAGUCCACUGUUUUUAUGCCUAUUUUGCUCUCAACUUAUUGUCAACGCCGCUGACGAGUUAUGUCUGGCCACGAUGUCAAAGAUUGCCGGUACCGGUGUUCAUGGCAUUCAGACUACCAGUGCUGCCGAUAAACAGAAGUUUGAUAUGAUUUUAUCCAUAGCCCGCAAACGACUGGCCUUUAAAGCCACAGAUAUUUUCCGCAUAAAUAUUGAAAUGUUUCUGAGAUGGUGGUUCACGUACUGGUCCCGCCACGGUGUACCAGGGCCAAACUUCAUGGAGUACGAGCUGCUAUACACCAUACACCACGACUACACCGUAAAGGCCGUACAAAAGUACGGUCGAGUGUACGGCGCGUAUACGGUCACCGGGAGGAUGUUGGUGGUGAACGAGCCCGACCUGCUCCGGGACAUAUUGGUCAGGGAUUUUCACGUAUUCGCCGAUCACAGACACAUUGGCCCUGGGUCGGAAAAGGUGAGCAAGCACAUGUACUUCAUGCCGGGGGACGACGAUUGGAAACGGGUCCGAUCUAUAGUGUCCGCGGCGUUCACGUCGGGAAAAGUGCGGGCAAUGAUGGCACACCGAAUGUUAAGCAUGGAUGGUGGUUUUCGUAUACUAUUCUUGUUGUUAGCACCCUGGUUAGCUAAACUACUAAAGUUAGAGCUCUUUGAUACAAAUUCUGUUGACUAUUUCGAUGAGCUGACCAAGCAAAUAUUGAAAGAGAGAAAGGCUAAGCACCCUGGUGUUCAAUCCAAACGUCGCACAGAUUUCAUACAAGUAAUGAUAGACUCGGAAAAGUCGGACAACGACUUGGGCUAUAAUACCCACAGCGAUGGGGAACCGGACCCCGGGUCGACUGACGCCCCGACCAAAAGGCCUACUAAUCGUAAGAUAACGGCGGAAGAGAUGGCUGCCCAGGGAAUAGCCUUUUUCUUCGCCGGAUUCGACACCACCGCUGCCGCCCUAACGCACGUUAUAUACCACCUGUCCGUUCACCCGGAAUGUCAACAGAUAUUGUAUGACGAGUUGAAAACUUGCGACGAUUUUACGUACGAAACGUUGGGUCACUUGAAGUACUUGAAUGCAGUGAUCAAUGAGACCCUACGUCUGACCCCAUCCAUAACCCGCAUGCAAAGGGAAUGCCUACAGGACUACAAUCUUGGGAAUACAGGUAUAACUAUACCAAAGGGCGCAUCCGUCGAAAUAUAUCCCUACGCUAUACACCGGGAUCCGGACUACUGGCCCAACCCCAACGACUUCCUACCCGACCGGUGGUUUAAGCCCUCACACCAUCCUUACGCGUAUUUACCGUUUGGUGGCGGACCCCGACUAUGCGUCGGACAACGCUAG